CAACUUAUACAGUGAAUUUGAUUGAAAAUUAUGAAUACUAUAAUUUUAAGGCAAUUGAAUGGUCAAUAAUACUGAUUAAAUGACCAGAUAUUGAAUAGUAAUUGAAUAAAAUUGUUGUUAGAAGGUUAAAUUACUGGAAAGCUUUGAAAUAUCGAAGGAUCUCUGUAUUGUUGUACUUGAUCACGCUUCUCAUUCAGAUUGAAUUGGAUUAUGAUUUAACCCGAAUGCUUUGUAAGCAAUAAUAAUCUAUCGAUUAUCCCUUCCUUAUUCAUGGGUUGAAGCAAGGUAAAGUUGACAAUUAAAAACGAUAUCCAUUUGUGUGAAUCCUUUCACUUUAUGGUUAAAUCAAUUGUCUUUUUUUUGAAAACAAAAAGUGUGAAAACUGAAAUUAAAAUUGAAAAUCAGGUUAAUCGGAUUGAUGACAAUUAGGAUUGCCAUUUCAAUUGCAAAUACGUGAUAAUAGAAACUGUGAAUUAUGUGACAAAUUUUCCAGCCUCGGUGUGAUUUUGUUUUUGAAAACAAUAAACGGUAAUCAAAUGAAAUAAACAAAGGCCAUCUAAUAAACUUGAAAAAGGUGUAGUAAUGGUAGGCAUUUUGGGACCAACAGAUCAGUUUGCUCAUAGAAAUCAAAGAGAAAGCUUCAAAAUUGAUAAUCAGUGCCUUGUGUUAAAAGAUAUCAUCUUGUAAAAACCGUUAUAAGUCCUAGUUUAGUCAAGUUUGCUCAUCGGUUAACAUUUUGCUUCACUGUUAUAAAACUCUCUUAGCCAUGGCAGCAUUAACAACCCUUCAAUUCACUUUGAUUUGGAUUACUGUGGCAACUUUAACAGAUUACUAUGGCUCGGCGUCAUUUUGGCCUACUGGAUUUUACUCAAAUAAUCGAGAUACUUCUCCUACUUCAUCAGAUAAUUCACCAAGAGUUACUGGUAUUAAAUCAGUUUUGGAUCGGUCGACUUGGGUAACAUCAACAGCAACAAUUAAUCCUCCAUAUGCUCCACCAGCGCCUUCACAAAUACCAGUCUCUCCUAGUAUUGGCUCGCCCUCCACAUCUGUUUCUUCACCCUCUUCUUACUCACCUCCGUCCCGAUACAACCCACCGCCAUCAUCCACAUCUUAUUCGGGCAACUCUUACCCUGCGAGUGAUUGGCGAAGCUAUAAUCAAUAUCCAACUCGAAACACUUAUGACAGUAAUUUUCCGUCAGAUCCCUUAAAUAACCAACAAUAUACCAAUGCGAUGGUCAUCGAUUGUAAAUAUGCAUCAAUUUAUAGACCCAGUUCUUAUGGCUCAUACUCUGGUUCAUCAUCAGCAUCAGUACCACCUUUACCCUUGCUUCCACCUCCACCACCACCACAACAGCCAUCAUCCUCAUCUUCAUCAUCAUCGUAUUCACCAUCCUAUUCCCCGUCAUAUCCUCCACCUUAUUCCUCAUCCUAUCAACCAACUUAUUCCAGCUCUAGUGGAUCGACAGUGACUAGGCCAUCUCCAUAUCCUUACGAUGGCCCUCGUUAUUCUGGUUAUCCAUGUUUUAUUCCUCCAAUGAUUUCAUCUGAUUAUUCAACGUACCCAGCACCAUAUCAAUCGUUACCCUCAGCAUCCGAUGCCUCUCCAAUUUGGUCUCCACCGCCACCAUUUCCAAAUUAUCAACCAGUCCAAUCAUCACAAAUUUAUCCGAUAAUUAACCCAAUGGAUAGUGAUCCGUCUCGGAAAAGUUGGCCCGAUUCACCAUACUCUGAGCAAUCAUCACAAGAUCCUUCACUUGCGCAACAAUCAGCUAGUCCAAUACUUAAAUCAACCCGAGCCGUUGCUGAAUUGUCUGGUCCAUCUGGUGUAACAGGAACCAUUACUUUCAAACAAAUUGGAAACAAACCAGUUUCAAUUGAAGGUAAAAUAAUGGGCCUAGCUUCUGGUCCACAUGGUAUGCAUAUAUAUGAAAUGCCAUUUAUUGGUGGUGAUUGUGUGUCUGCCGGAGAUCAUUACAAUCCUCAGAAAACCGAACAUGGAGGCAAACAUGAUUGGAAUCGUCACAUUGGAGACUUAGGAAAUAUUCAUGCCGACUCUGAUGGAGUAGCUAAUUUUGAAUUUACCGAUCUAAUGAUCAGUUUGACUGGUGGAUACUCAAUUGUAAAUCGCACAAUAGGUAUUUCUGAGAAGGCUGAUGAUCUCGGUCGAGGAAACGAUCUUCAGAGUAAAAAAGAUGGAAAUGCUGGAUCUCCAAUUGCAUGUGGUAUCGUUCAUUUGAGUCCAGUAUGAAGAAUCGAUUCGAUUCCAGCUAUUAUUUGAUCAAAUGACGCAUAAAUUCGUUACUUUUAUUUUCUUUCUUUUCUACUUUAGUUAAAUAAAUUUUAUCAAAACUUUGAUCAAAUAAAAAAACUUGACCACUAAUAAACACUGAUAUUUAAAUUGAAUUAAAAUAGGUUAACCCUCAAAUGCCGUUGUAAUCCAAAGCUCGCUGAAAAAGUAUUGGGAAUCAAAUAUUACAGAAGAGAGAAACAAAAAAUUGCUAUUGGAUUGAUGAAAUAUAAUAAUGAUGAUUAUCAUGUUUGAUGGUUAAAAGGGUGAAGAGCAAAAGCAGUUAACCAGGUUAGGUUUUGCUUCAUUUGUUAUCAGUUUCUGGCUGCGAGACUUGAACAAAAAAGGGAUAAAAAUUUGAUGGUAACCAUGAAAUGUUUAAAGACACUUGAUAAUCAAGUUGAUCAUAAUGUUGCCUACACAAUCAACAAUGUUGACGCCGAGUGUAUUGACUUGUAAAGUCAACAUGAUUCAAUGUUAAACAACAUUUAAUAUACAAGGAGAUAACUGGAUGCUCAAAACACAAAAAAUGUUUACGAUCAUGUUAUUAACGAUGACUAUAAAUGAUGCUAAAAUGAACGAAACAAUUUAAUUCCUGUAAGCUUUUAUCUUUCCAUAUUAUCUAGUUUAAAAGCUGUAUUGAUUAGGUAAAGUAUAAUCAUGUCCAUAGUAACUGAAAAUCAAUGAAAAGAUAUGUAAAAACUGACCCUGAUAAUGAUGAUGAAGGGAAGAGAAAUGAUUCAUCUUUUUGGUCAUUUCAAUUGAAUGUAACCAAAAAGGUUUUUAAUGUAAAAAAUAAACUCAUUGAAACAUAAUACAAGAGUAAUUUUUUUAAUAACUGUCAUUGUCAAAAUUGAGAUCAAACAGAUUGAGAUUGAAUCGUUUUAUGUUAAUCAAGUAAACGAUUUAAUAUUAAAUUUAGUUUCUAGAUCAUUAUGGAUGAUGAUGAUGAUGAUGGAGUUUAUGAUGAUGAUGAUGAAAAAAAAGGUUAUCUUCAUGUCCAUUUUGGGUAAAUACAUUGAAGACAUUAUUGUAUGUUUGAUCGUAAUCAUUAAUGAGUUGACGCAAAACAAAUACAACAGACGAAGCUAAUCACGGUAUGAAAACUUCCGCAAUUAAAAUUGUCGUCUUUUUUUUACCGCUGCCUUGUAAUAGUCAAUAUAAUAAUGAUGAACAAACCAUAAUUUAACUCAAUUGUUACCGUUACUGGCACGCGAUUUUUGUCUUUCAUUUUUUCUCUCUUUUCUCUCUUCACCAUCAUUAUCAUGAUUGCUAUUUUUAAUCAACUCCUACAGUACUUGAUCUAUUUGCCUUUUGUUGACAUCAUUUUUCAUUAACGUUCCAUCAACUGUAUCUAAAUUGAAACGUUGAUUAACUGAUUGUCAUCAAAGUGUUAGAAGAAGAAGAGAGAAAAAAGGACAAAAAUUCUGACCUGUCGAUGUCCCUACAUUCAACCUUUUAUGAAUCCUAAAAUUGUCAACAUGAAACAGUAAUUUUUAACAUCAACAUGAGCAUCAACUCAUCUCAACAGAACUCCAAUUGAAAGAGUAAAUAAGAAGUUAUCCUGAAAAAAGCAAUAAAAUGAAAGGAAAAAAGCUCAAUCAAUAGCAAUUGUUUGAUUGCAAUUGAUGGUAAAACAAGUUUUUUUAAUGAAUAUGAAA